GAGGAGGGACAAAGAGCAAGAGCGAGAGUCAUAAAUGCAAUAAUUACAGUUCAGUCAGAAAGAGGUUUUACUCUUCUGGUUCCACAGGCUGCCACACUGCUGACAGGAGGGAGCGAGGAUCCAAGGAAACCCUUCUCUAACUUUGGAUUUCUUAUUUCUACUGCACACAUCACCAAGAAUUUAUAUUUUAACCGAAUUCCUAUUCAGAGCCAUGGAUUUGCUCCUUGAUUUUGGCUAACUAUGACAAACACCUCUCAACCAGUUUUAUCAAAGUCAAACAAAUUUUUCAUUUUUUUGACACCAUCCUUACCCCAUAUUUAUGGGGAAAAAAAAGGAAGAAGAGUCAUUUGCCAUGUCUGUGACGGCCCUGUUCAGGGGCAAGUGGGGGCAUAAGUCACAGGACACCUCAGACAAGCAUCGAGAAGCAAGCAUGACUCAAACAAUCCAUCAGGAUGACGACGAUGAGGAUGAAUCCAGCACCGGUUUCAGCAGAGAGCCAAUCCGUAGGAACUCCCGUUUUUACCGGUCAAUGAGAAAGAAGAGGCUGGCUGCAUCUGAACAAGCUGAAAAUUCUUCCACGCUUCGUUUGGACCACAGUCCAUCCAAUAGAGCUGGAGUCUCCUCCUCUAAUGCUUCCUUAGCCCAGAAAUCACCUUUAUUGCCGGGGGCUAGACGAUCUAGCCCUCAGCUUUUGCCACAGCUUCAUCAUUCCAGAGCUGUGUUGCCAAGCAAUGGCGAGGCCAGUAACAGACAAGCUUUGAACAACAGAGAUGCUGUGGAUAGAAGAGGAGGAGUAGGAGGAGGGAUGAGUGCGGACAUAUCAGCUGCCUUCAACAGCCAGCAUAAAGAUUUCACAACCGACAUGAUCUCUUACCGGACUCACAGCAUUUAUAGUGAAGAAAUAAAAAAGCUCUCACAGCGUACAGCUGCAGCUUGCACUAUACGAGACACUGAAGGGACAACAAUGGACUCACAGCAGCCUAAUUUUGAUGGAGCAAACCAGGAAAACAUCAACCUCAGGUUGCUAGGCAAUGGAGAAAACUCCCAGACAAUAUCCUACAACCUGAAAAUCGUCAAAAACGUUGACUUUCUGUACCAGGAAUACCGGGACACCUCCAAACAGCAAGAGAUCGAGCAACGGCGGCAGCGUGAGAACCGCUAUCCUGAGCACAAGACCAGGACUCUGGAUGCAGAUUGUGGUGCAACAUCUCUACCAGCAUUACAACUUCAGCUGAGAAACAGUUCUCACUCAUUAAGCUUGUGGCAGAAUCUGGAAGCUGUGCAGGCCAGCGGCCUUCUCAACCAGUUAUCACAAAAUGAAAUCAUAAUGCAAGAGGCCAUGUUUGAGCUUGUUACCUCAGAAGCAUCCUACUACAAGAGUUUGGAAAUUUUAGAGACACACUUUCUCCGUAACCCUGAUUUAUACAACACCCUCAGCCAGUCCGACAUGCAUUUUCUCUUCUCCAACAUUGAGGAAGUCAUGAAAGCCAGUGAAAGGUUCCUGAUGGAUCUUGAGCACCGCAUUGAGAAGUCUAUUCUCAUUUCUGACGUGUGUGACAUUGUUUAUCACCAUGCAAUACAGCACUUCAGCGUCUUCAUCACUUACGUCAUUAACCAGGUGUACCAAGAGAAGAACUACAGACGCAUUUUAGAGGAAAAUCAAGCAUUUCGGGAUGCCAUGGCUUUACUGGAAAAGCAUCCACGUGUCAGAGGUCUGUCUUUUACUUCCUUCCUUAUCCUUCCUUUCCAGAGGAUCACAAGGCUCAAGCUACUUGUACAAAACAUCCUGAAAAAAGCUGAGGAACACUCCGAGAGAGAAGCAAAUGCAAUAAAAGCACAUCAGCAACUGGAGCAGAUUGUAAAGGAAUGUAAUGAAGGGGUGCGGAAAAUGGGUCGCACAGAGGAGUUGAUCAGCAUUGAGAAAACACUGGAAUUUAAAUCCAAGUCUGUGCCCAUCAUUUCACAUUCACGCUGGUUGCUAAAAAAGGGUGAAGUGCAGCUAAUGGCCGGACCAAAAAGCACUAGGACCAUGCGGAGUCGUAAGCUCUACCAACCAGUCUUCUUACUCAUUUUUAACAAUCUACUGCUGGUCACCAAGCGCAGUGGGGACAAGUUCCAGGUUCUUGACUCAUGCACACGAGCCAUGCUAAGGACCGAAGAUUUUGAAGACCAGGGUCAGCAGCUGGCUAACGUCUUUAAUCUUAAGAUCCUGGAGAACCAAGAAGAGCGUGAAGUCACCUACAUGAUCAAGACCUCCAGUAUGAGUGAUAAGCUUCGAUGGAUGUGUGCACUCUGUCCCAACAGACGCACACGCUUCAUGUCGACUAGUUCCCAUCAGUCAGACUCUCCUCAGGUGCAGUGUAUUCAGUCAUACACCGCUCAAGAGCCAGAUGAACUCUCCAUUGAGAUGGCCGAUGUUCUGAACCUCCUAGAGCGAACAAAUGAUGGUUGGAUGAUGGCUGAAAGGCUCCAUGAUCGCGAAAGGGGCUGGUUCCCCAGUCGGGUAGUAGAAGAGAUACAAAGCAAAGAGGUCCGAGCUCAGAACCUGAGAGAGGCUUUUAGGAUCCAGCAGGCCAAUGAAGGUGGUGCAGUCCCACAAACUAGAACCAGAAUUGGGAUGAGGUCAGGAGUACGUACUCCAAAGGGCCCCAACUCUUCUGGUCUUUGGACUGAAAAAAUGCGGGACAACAGUGAAUGAGUCAAAAUAUUGAGUGUCAUUCAGAAUCAUUUGCACUAAGAGAAAAUAAUCAGGAAAGAUGUGACUUUAUUCUUUUUCACCGACAUCUUAUUCCUUUGAUCCUCACUCCAGUGAACGGUUAUGGUUAAGUCAAUAAACGUGCAAGCUAUGACAUGCAUCUUAGACAAAAUUGUAAAUAUUUGUACAAAAUACUUUGUACAGUGUGGAGUUUAACUCCUGCAAGUGUUUGAAUAGAAGCUGCAAGAACCCAAAAUGUUUCUGUAAAAAUCCUUCAGACGAGAGAUUGGGUUUUAAAACUUUUGUUUAUUGUAAAU